AUGGCGGCCGACGCGAAUAACGCCGUGGAGUGUGCGUUCCUGCUCCUGUGUCUCCUGAGCUCCACAACCGCCACCUGGCUCUUCCCGGGCCAGAACCGCCCAUCGCACCCAGUCGACAAUGCCCAAUCUGGCAGCUUUCACGACACGUUGAUACGAAACGAGAGGUUCGACGUCGACAGCAGCGGUCUGAUUUCGGCGUACGGACCGAGGACCUACGACGCUGGCGGUCUUCCUCUCACUGGCACGAGAGGAGGCGGCGGCGGCGGCGUCGACGACCACCUCUUCCUGGUGAAUAACCGUCGUCGGUAUGGGUUCAAAAUCCCGAGGAGCCUUGAUGCCCCGAUCUACGGCCUCCGAGCGCCUCCGACUCCCUCUCCGAUCGCGACCGCCAGCAGCUCAGGCUUCGCGAAGAACUACAACCUCCCUCUACCGUCGCCGAACACGCCCACCACGACGCUGGCCCAGCUCAACCGCGUGCACGGCUAUCACGCCCCUUCCCAGUACAUCCAGCUCCAGCCUGUGCCCUCUCCUAACCACGACUACGAGGCGGCCCAGUCCAUCUACUCGCCCCACUCCUUCCGACCGAGCCCGCACAUGCAGUCGGACAGCGCCUUCAAACCCAGCGCCUAUUUCAUCCAGGACUACGAGGCCCCCAACGCCUACCCUACUCCCGCUCCGCUCUACAAGGAGUCGACGAUACCCCCGUACAAGCACAGGAAAAUUACGACGACCUAUAAGCCCUUCACUUACCCGACCGUCGAGUCCUAUAAAGUGACGACUCAAAAGCCAUACAAACCCGCGCCAGUCCCUCAGUAUAAACCUCCGACGUAUUCCACUUAUAAGAGAGCUACACCACGACCCUUCAAGGUUGUCACACCUGCGGUUUACAGUUACAAUACACCCGCGCCGGCGAAGUAUAAGAGCUACGGUGCCACGCCGUCAAAAGAUUACUUGAAGACUGUGACUACAGAAGCGCCCUACAAAAACAAGGGAAAGAGUUACAACUACCACUACGGUGUUGGUUCUGUCUAUCAUGGCACUAACUACAGACACCAGGAGAGCAGUGAUGGUGACACUGUUCAUGGAGAAUAUCGCGUUCAGCUCCCUGAUGGACGUGUUCAAGUGGUAAAAUACACAGCUGAUCACAAGAAUGGCUUUGUGCCCAUAAUUACAUAUGAAGGACCACAAACAGCCCAGGCAGCAAAUAUACAUUAUCAACCACCUAAGCCAACUAAGAUCUGGUAAAGGAUACCAGUGCAUAUUAAUGAAUCUUUUGUAUUCCUGUAUUUGUAUAUAUCAGGAUAUGAAGCAGAAUCUGUUUUGCUAUAAACCUGUAGUAGUAGCACCUUUAUUAUCUUUCAGUGUUCUUCAUAUUCUUGAAAAUUUUGCUGUAUGUCAGAAUGUCUCAUCAUUUUUCAUCUAUCACUGUCAUCCUUUUUCUGUUAAAGCCUGUUAUUUAUAUAGAUAAGUG